AACUGCAAAUUUACUGCAAGGAAUAGGAAAAGAUUGUUUAUCCAAUGCUGAAAUAGUUGUUUGCAUUUAUAUAUUUCUCACGGUUACAAACAAAGGAUCGUUUUUUAAUUUAAAACAAAUACAAAACAGAUUGUGUACUUCUAUGAACGAACUUGCUAGAAUGAGCUCAGAACCGGAUAUUUUGAGAAAAUUUGAUCUUCAAAAUCAGUUAACUUUUGAACAUGGGAUCUUCGCUGGAAGUUAA